CUGGGGCAGCGUAUCGAGUCGCGAAAAAUCGAUUAAGUACGAUCCUGUUGCUGCAUAAAUUAUUUUAGGUAUUUUAUAUCCUUUGUGUAAAGCUUAUCGGGGAAUUGAUGAGUACCGGUGGACUAAAGAGAGAACACAGCUCAGAACAGAUGGCACAAGACACGAAACAAAGUCGCCGAGAUUCCAUGGGUAACCGGCGAGAAUCGCAGGACAAUCUGCCUAACGAUGUCUGUGAUACGGUGUACCGUUUUUCGAGCGACAUGGGCCCUAUUUUGGAAGGAGCUCCCGGUUCUGGACGCUGUAUUGCUGUCUUUACGAGCGGUGGCGACUCGCAAGGUAUGAAUGCUGCAGUUCGUGCAGUUGUUAGGAUGGGUAUAUACGUUGGAUUCAGAGUUUAUUGUAUCCAUGAGGGCUACCAAGGUAUGGUUGAUGGAGGUGAGAAUAUACGUGAAAUGGGAUGGGCAGAUGUUUCCGGUAUCAUACAGCUGGGAGGUACAGUGAUUGGAAGUGCCAGGUGCAAAGACUUCCGUGAGAGAGAAGGACGUAAGAAAGCUUGUCUCAAUCUUGUAAGGCGUGGUAUUAGUAAUCUGGUAGUUAUUGGUGGAGAUGGCAGUUUGACUGGUGCUAAUUUGUUUAAAAAAGAAUGGUCUGAGCUUAUAGGUGAACUCAAACAAGAAGAUGCAGUGACAGAUGAAGACAUAAAAAAGUGCAGUCAUUUGAACAUUGUUGGAAUGGUUGGCUCUAUUGAUAAUGACUUUUGUGGUACUGAUAUGACUAUUGGUACAGACUCUGCAUUGCAUCGUAUUAUAGAGGCAGUGGAUGCUAUAAGUACAACAGCACAAAGCCAUCAAAGAACAUUUGUACUUGAAGUGAUGGGACGUCACUGCGGCUAUCUGGCUUUGGUUGCCGGUCUGGCAUGUGGUGCUGAUUGGAUAAUGAUACCUGAAUGGCCACCCGAAGAUGGAUGGGAAGAACAUCUUUGUCAGAAACUCAGUCAGACGCGUACCAUUGGAAGCAGACUAAACAUUGUUAUUGUUGCUGAAGGAGCUAUUGACAAACAUGGAAAUAUAAUUACCACAGAGUAUGUCAAAAAUUUGUUGGUGACUCGUAUCAGCCAUGACACUCGUAUCACAGUGUUGGGUCAUGUUCAAAGAGGUGGUAGUCCAUCAGCAUUUGACAGAAUUCUGGCAUCACGUAUGGGAGCUGAGGCUGUGCUAGCAUUACUAGAUGCUGAAGGAGAGACUCCUGCAUGUGUAGUGUCUCUGGAUGGAAACCAAGCAGUUAGAGUACCUCUCAUGGAAUGCGUUGAAAGGACUCAAGCAGUUGCAAAAGCCCUGAAAGAAAAAGACUUUGAAUUGGCUGCAAAGCUUAGAGGAAGAUCCUUUAUGAAUAACUUGUACACAUACCAAACAUUGAGUCAUCGUAAACCACCAGAUAAUGUGUGUUCAUCUGAUGGAAAAAAGUGUCAGGUGUUAUCUGAGGUUAGUUUAAUGAGCUGGAGUGAUGUGACAGGCUGGGUUAGAGAAGGCGGAUCAAAGCUUGGUACAAAUCGCACUAUGCCACAUAAAAUUCUGGAUAAGGUUGCUGAGAAACUACGCAAAUUUAAGAUCAGUGGUUUAUUGAUUAUUGGUGGCUUUGAGGCUUUCAGAAGUGUUGAUAUUUUGGCCGACAAUAGAGCUAAAUAUAAAGAAUUCUGCAUUCCUAUGGUUAUAUUACCAUGUACUGUGAGUAAUAAUGUACCAGGAAGUGAUUUCAGCCUUGGAUGUGACACUGCAUUGAAUGCCAUUACAAGUAUCUGUGACCGUAUCAAGCAAUCAGCAACUGGAAGUAAGCGACGCGUUUUUGUUGUGGAGACAAUGGGAGGUUAUUGUGGUUACCUAGCAACAAUGGCUGGUCUGGCUGGUGGAGCUGAUGCUGCUUACAUAUUUGAAGAACAAUUCACCAUCAAAGAUUUACAGGGAGAUGUAAUUCAUCUGAAGUCUAAAAUGGCAGAUAAUGUACAAAGAGGUUUGGUUUUGAGGAAUGAGUACGCAAACAAGAACUACAGUACAGACUUUGUCUAUCAUCUAUACAGUGAGGAGGGUAAAGGUAUAUUUACUGCACGGAAAAAUGUACUCGGUCAUAUGCAGCAGGGCGGAUCACCUACACCUUUUGAUCGCAAUUACGGCACCAAAUCAGCAGCAAAGGCAGUGCAUUAUCUUAUUGAUCAAAUUGAACAAAAUAAACAGGAAGAUGGUAAGUGUCUAUUUAAAUGUAGUGACAUAUCAAACAGACGUCCAGGCUUUGCAAAGGAACAAAAAGUACUAGAACUAGAAUUGCCUGAUAAGGGAGGACCACCCUCACCAUUUGAUAGGUGUUAUGGAACCAAAUUAGCUGGAAAAGCUGUUUAUUGGUUAAUAUAUAUGAUAGACAAUCAUAAGCUUGAUGACGACCAGAUGCCACAAGUUAGUGAGUUGAACUUUGCCAUUUUGACCAUAGACCAGAUGCCACAAGUUAGUGAGUUGAACUUUGCCAUUUUGACCAUAGACCAGAUGCCACAAGUUAGUGAGUUGAACUUUGCCAUUUUGACCAUAGACCAGAUGCCACAAGUUAGUGAGUUGAACUUUGCCAUUUUGACCAUAGACCAGAUGCCACAAGUUAGUGAGUUGAACUUUGCCAUUUUGACCAUAGACCAGAUGCCACAAGUUAGUGAGUUGAACUUUGCCAUUUUGACCAUAGACCAGAUGCCACAAGUUAGUGAGUUGAACUUUGCCAUUUUGACCAUAGACCAGAUGCCACAAGUUAGUGAGUUGAACUUUGCCAUUUUGACCAUAGACCAGAUGCCACAAGUUAGUGAGUUGAACUUUGCCAUUUUGACCAUAGACCAGAUGCCACAAGUUAGUGAGUUGAACUUUGCCAUUUUGACCAUAGACCAGAUGCCACAAGUUAGUGAGUUGAACUUUGCCAUUUUGACCAUAGACCAGAUGCCACAAGUUAGUGAGUUGAACUUUGCCAUUUUGACCAUAGACCAGAUGCCACAAGUUAGUGAGUUGAACUUUGCCAUUUUGACCAUAGACCAGAUGCCACAAGUUAGUCGACAGCGAGUACUAGUAGAACGAAAGACUGAUUGUAUAGUGGGAGGUGGAGGCCAAGAUCAGAAUCAGAUUGACCGACAGAUCCACAAGAGACUGUGGACAGACACAGUUCACAAGUGUUUCGCCAGCCUCAGAAUAGCCUACUUUUCUACACACUCCUAUGCACACAUAAAAUAUUGUAUGCGACUUUUAUCACGUAAACAAGAACUCAAACGUGACUUAACAACAGCGCCCCCGUCGCCAAAAAUAAGAAAUGUUGACCCCUAA